GUCAUCUGGUAGUCUACAACUAUGUUCAAGCGCGAUCUGGUGGUCUAUAACCAUGUUCAAGCGUCAUCUGGUGGUCUAUAACCAUGUUCAAGCGCGAUCUGGUGGUCUAUAACCAUGUUCAAGCGCGAUCUGGUGGUCUGUAACCAUGUUCAAGCGCGAUCUGGUGGUCUAUGACCAUGUUCAAGCGUCAUCUGCCGGUCUGUGUCCAUGUUCAAGCGUGGUCUGGCCGCCUACACACCGGUACCGGUACCAUGUCCAAGCGCGUUCUGACCAUGUUCAACCUUCCAUCACGGCGGACAGUCUUUCUGCCAACACGCACCACACAGCCUCUCUGCAGCCAUGGCCUCCAACGGAUCAGAGUCGCCCAGCAAGACGAAGCGCUCCCGCGCCGAAAUGGAGGCGGACGACCAGCACACGAAGGAGCCAGUCGCGCAAGCAAAUGACGGUGCGCACACCCCUCGAGACUCGCGCGCAAAGCAGCUGACACGUGCAGACUCGUCGUCCUCGGACGACGAUGGUUUCGGUCCUGCGCUCCCCUCGUCCGCGCCGAAGAAGAAGAAGCGCAGGCUGCCGUACGAAAAGCUCUACAUUGCUGCGCUGCCCGCCGCCCCACGCUACUCCAAGUCACUGAUGCACCGCGACCAAUUGGCCUUUACCACCUUCACGCCCUCCACCGACUUCCUGAUCACGAGCUCCAUCGAUGGCGUGGUCAAGUUCUGGAAGAAAGACUUUGGCGGCAUCGAGUUUGUCAAGGAGUUCAGCGCGCACACGGGCGAGCUGCGGUCCGUCAAUGCCAGCGCGGAUGGGCGCAGUUUCGCGACGGCGGGGUCGGACAGGACGGUCAAGAUCUUCGACGUCGUCACCUUUGAUCUGCUGGCCGUGCUGAGCCUGGACUACAGCCCGCGCGCCGUCUGCUGGGUCCACGGCCGCGGCGCGAGCUUCCCGCAGCUGGCGGUGAGCUCCGAAGACAAUUCGUGGAUUCGCAUAUACGACGGGCGCGGCGAGAACCUGGAGCCGCUGCAUGUCCUGAAGACGAUUCACCGCGCGCCCGUGAGCGUCAUGGCGUACAACAGCGCCUACGACUGCGUCGUCAGCGUCGACACCGGCGGCAUGGUCGAGUACUGGCAGCCGUCUGGCAGCUUCUCCAAGCCCGGCAACGUCUUCGCCAUGAAGUCGUCGACCAACCUCUUUGACUUUAAAAAGGCGAAAUGCGUCCCCUCGUCCCUCACAAUCUCGCCUUCCGGCCACCAGUUUGCCACCCUCUCCUUCCCCGACCGCAGGAUCCGCAUCUUCGACUUCCCCACCGCAAAACUGCACCGCACCUACGACGAGUCCAUCGAGACCAUGACCAGCAUGCAGCAAGCCGGCACCGCCGUGCAGGCGCUCGAAGACAUUGAGUUUGGGCGUCGCCUGGGCAUCGAGCGAGAGCUCGACGCGCCCGCCCUGCGCGCCCGGCAAAACGUCAUCUUCGACGAGACGGGCAACUUUGUCCUCUACGGCUCCAUGUACGGCAUCAAAGUGCUCAACACGCUGACCAACAAGCUCGUCAAACUCUACGGCCGCGAGGAGCCCCUGCGCUCCCUGUGGCUGUCGCUGUACCAGGGCCAGCCGGACAAGAAGCGCGUCACCACGGUCGAAAUGGCGGCCUCGGAGAACCCCCUGCUCCAGGAAGCAGAGGCCCGCGACGCCAUGCUCGUCGCCACCGCCACGGGCAAAGUGCGCUUCUACACCUACACCAACGAGACCAACACAUCCAAGGAGCGAGACGUGCAGAACGAGAAGCCGCGCGACGCCGCGCGCUCCACGGCGGCCGCGCACCACGCCCAGGCCGCCACUGGCACCACAGCCGUCCUGCACACGACCCACGGCGACAUCACGCUGCGGCUUUUCCCCGACGCGGCGCCCAAGGCGGUUGAGAACUUUGUCACCCACAGCCGCCGCGGGUACUACAACGGCGUGCUCUUCCACCGCGUGAUCCGCAAGUUCAUGAUCCAGACGGGCGACCCGCUGGGCGACGGCACGGGCGGCGAGUCCAUCUGGGGCCGCGACUUUGCGGAUGAAUUCAGCGCGCUGAAGCACGACAAGCCGUACACGGUGUCCAUGGCGAACGCAGGCCCGGGCACCAACGCGAGUCAGUUCUUCAUCACCACCGAGAAGACGCCCUGGCUUGAUGGCAAGCACACCAUCUUCGGCCGCGCCGUCGGCGGCAUGGAUGUCGUCCACAGAAUCGAGAAUGCAAAGUGUUACAAGGAGAAGCCCGAGGAGGACAUUACCAUCAUCAGCAUCUCGAUAUCAUAA